AUAAAAAUUUGUUGGCAGAUCGGUCAACUACGGGGCGAUUGGCACCAUCAUCGGGCACGAAAUGAUUCAUGGCUUCGACGACUUAGGUAAACAAUUCGAUGAGGACGGACGGUUGAGAAACUGGUGGAGCAAUUCGACGCAAAAGAAGUUCGACGUGAAGUCAGAAUGUUUUAUUCGCCAAUACAGCUCUGUGUUCAGCGAACUGGCCAACAGAACGUUGAAUGGUGUGAAUACGUUGGGCGAGAACAUGGCGGACAACGGGGGACUUAGAAUGGCUUUUAGGACACUUGACCAACAGUUGAAGGCCUUCACGAUGCCGGACGUACGCCUUCCAGGACUGGAACGAUAUUCCUCGAAGCAGCUGUUUUUCAUCUCAGCUGCUUUCGUCUCGUGUGGCAGCUCACGUGCGGACGCACUGCGUUCGCAAAUAGAAUACGACUCCCACAGCCCGCGCCGGCAAAGGAUAAACGUCUCCCUAAGGAAUAUGAGAUCAUUUACUUCGGUUUUUCGCUGCGACCAAAGGGGGAAGAUGCACUUCAAGCCAAAAAGCAACGAGACUUGCGUGCUGUGGUGACUUUAUCACAAUAAACUUGUGAAGUUACUAUAC